AUGCAUCUCCCCAGCAUCACUGCGGCUUUAGCCCUGAUCGGCCUCAGUGCAGCCACUCCUGUCGACCUCGACGCUCGCACCCUUUCCAAGGACAAAGGACUCGCUCAAUCCUGGACCUCCAAAGGACGCCAAUACAUCGGCACAGCCCUGACCAUUCGCGAUGACUCCGUUGAACAAGGCAUCAUCAAGUCUCCCACGGACUUCAACUCCAUCACUCCCGAGAACGCCAUGAAAUGGGAGUCUACAGAGCCCAGUCGCAAUAAUUUCACCUUUGCCGGUGCCGACGCCAUCAUAGACUUUGCAGACAAGUACAAGAAGGAAGUCAGAUGUCACACUCUGGUCUGGCAUUCUCAAUUGCCCGCCUGGGUUAGUGAGGGUAACUUUGACAACAAGACUUUGAUUUCCAUCAUGGAGAAUCACAUCAAGAAUGUUGCCGGUCGCUAUAAGAAUAAGUGCACCCACUGGGAUGUGGUCAAUGAAGCACUCGAAGAAGAUGGCACUUACAGAAACUCGGUCUUCUACAAGACCAUCGGAGAGGCAUUCAUCCCCAUCUCCUUCCGCCUCGCCGCCAAGUACGCCGGCUCAAAGACAAAACUCUACUACAACGACUACAACCUUGAAUACGGAAGCGCCAAAGCCCUGGGCGCACAGAGAAUCCUCAAACUCGUCCAAAGCUACGGUGUUCAGAUCGAUGGUGUGGGUCUGCAGGCACAUUUGACUUCCGAGUCUACGGCUUCCAGUGGUGGUGGUGUUACUCCUGAUACCGAUACCUUGACCAGAGUAUUGAGAUUAUAUGCUGAUCUCGGUGUUGAGGUUGCAUACACUGAGUUGGAUGUCAGAUUUACGACUCCGGUGACGAAGGAGAAGCUGAAGGCACAGGCGGAUGCUUAUGCCAGAGUCACUCAAUCCUGCAUCAAUGUCAAGAGCUGUGUUGGUAUCACUAUUUGGGGUGUUUCCGACAAGUACUCUUGGAUUCCUGGUGUUUUCAAAACUGAGGGCGCGGCUUUGCUCUGGGAUGAGCAGUUCAACAAGAAGCCUGCUUAUGAUUCUAUGCUCAAGAGAAUUCAGAAGUUUGACAAGUCUUGA